AUGAACCCACAUACCGCGCCUGACCGUCGCCACGCUCUAAACUUCCGCCAGUACGUCGCCUUUCAGGUUUCCAGUCCUUUACACCGUGAAAUUUGGACGCAAACUAUUCCCCUGCUGAGCGAUUCCUUGCCGGCUGUCCGCUAUGCCAUGCUGGCACUUAGCUCUCAAUAUGAUAUUCUGGUCAAUAAGAAGGGUAUUUCGUAUUCUUACCUCGCGAAGGACAAAGUUUCCCAGUACUCAAGUCAGCAAUAUGGAAAAGCCAUCAAGAGAAUCAUUCGGAUAUUGGACAACCAAGCGAACUUCCGUGAGACACUUUCAGAAAUACUGAUGACUUGCCUCCUUCUCGUCUCAUAUGAGUUACUUCGUGGCUGUGGAACUUCAGCUUUGACACAUCUGGAUGGUGCAAUAUACCUCUGUUCUUUACCGGCAGUACGUUCAAGAAACUUCACGUUAGGGUCUCUCAGUUCCGCAGAUACUGUGUUGACCGCUAUGGACUCGAUUGAAAGAGCCUUUCUCGAGCUGGAAUUACAAGCAGCGGCUUUUGUAGGAGCCAGAAUCCCACGCUUGGUUUUAUCAAGACCGUAUCGACCCACGAAUUCUCCUUGUUCUUCACUGAUGGAGGCACGGGAUUCUUUAUGCGCAAUAGAGGUCCGUGUGUUCCAAUUUAUCCGCCACGUGGCGACGAAAUGGAAGUACUACAAGCCAAAACCAAUGUCACCGAUAGAAGAUUUUCAAUCCGAUCUCUGCGGGCUCAACUCUGCAAUUGAUGAGCGAAAUAACCUCCUAGGGGAUCUUCAGGAAUGGGAAUCUAGCUUUGAGGCUUUCAUCAAAGAAAUCAGUCCCUCUAACUUGUCUAGCUCACGUCAUUUUGCUUCCGAUUGCCACCGAAUUGAGACCAACUCGACCCUUUUACUAUCGUUCCUUACAACAUUUAUCAUGCUUUCUACAUCGCUGGAACAAGAGGAAGCAACGUAUGACCUCUUCUUUGUAAAAUUUACAAAGAUUGUCACCCUGGCAGAAGAGAUACUCGCCCGGAGGUUUCUGAAGGGGUGUCCUUCCAACUGCUCAGGUUGGGAGCGUAAAAGCUUUGAUUGCUCACUAUUUCAACUCGAUAUGUGUGUAAUAUUUCCUCUUUAUUUCACUGCUUUGAAGUGUCGGGAUCACCGUACAAGAGUACAUUCGCUCAGCCUGCUAAGGCGCAGUGGUAGGGAAGGCGCCUGGGAUGGCGAACUAAUGGCACUUGUGGCCGAACGUGUUAUCAUCUGUGAAGAAGCCACAGCACGGGUUCUGUACAAUCCUAGAUUUGAUGAAGGGAAAUGUUUCGAGGAUUCAAUCCAGGGACCUGAGACUAUUCCUGAGUUUGCCCGUGUGCAUGGCACUAGUAUUGAUCUGGACAGGGGUCGGAUAAAGCUGAGUUGCAGCAGAAGAAUACCACUUAUCGGGGACGCGACUCGCUGGGAACAUCUGAAAUUCACUUUGUUGCCACGCGCAUCGGACAUUUCCUGA